AUGAGCGAUUGGUGUGAUGCCAAAACGGAGAAAUGGAUUGACUCUCAAAGAGCCAACUAUGUUAAUGACGCUGAGAAAAAACUUCUUAGUACAUUUAAAAUAAUGUACCAAGGAGGAAAAGGCACCAACCGUAUGGUACCUGUUUUGGUGCCACCCGAUUGUGAUUCAGCAUUAGAUAUGCUUGCAAACUCCGAAAUUCGAAAGGAUUCUGACAUCAAUAUUCGAAACAUGUUCCUUUUCCCAAGCACAAAACAAUCCCUAGAUCAUUGUAGCGGAUGGCAUAGUGUGAAAAAUGUAGUUGAUGCGGCUGGAGUAAAUUCACAUAUCACAGCCACAGCAAUGCGCCAUCGAGCUUCAACUUUAUAUGCCAGCUUGGAAAUACCGGAAGAUCAACGCCUAGUGUUUUUUAAGCACAUGGGACACACAGAAGAUAUCAAUAAGAAUGUAUACCAGUGUCCACUCGGUAUACAAGAGGUUACGAAAGUUGGGAGUUACUUUGCAUCAUUGGAUGGCAUGCAAGUCGAAGGGACGGAAGAGCCAGACAUAACAGGAGAUUUAGAAGAAGGAAAUAGUGUAGAAGGAGAAUCAUCUGCAGUAUCACAAACGCCGGGUGUUGAAGAUUUAGAAGAAGAAAAUAGUGUAGAAGGAGAAUCAUCUACGGUAUCACAAACGCCGGGUGUUGAAAAUUUAGAAGAAGGAAAUAGUGUAGAAGGAGAAUCAUCUGCAGUAUCACAAACGCUGGGUGUUGAAGAUGACAGUAUGCCAUCAGGAUUGGGAUUGAAUACUGAAUUUGAGAUGUGUCAUGAUAUGCCAAGUACUUCAACUAAGCGCAGAAAACGACAAUAUGUUAGAUGGUCAAGCAGUGACACUGCAGCUUUGUUAACUCAUUUCAAGUCUUGUAAUGAAGACACUUCUGGUGAAAAUAAUACCGGUAGCUUACCAGGUUACAAAGACAUUGAAGAAUUUCUCCAAAAGGAGAAUAUACUGUCAGGCGUUAAAGACAGGAAAAGUAAAUUGAGAAUAAUUCAUGCAAAGCUAUUUAAUGAGAGAAAGAAAUUCAGAAAGGACUUUAAGAAAAGGCUUGCAAAUUUAAAUUAGACAUCAGUGGCAGCAAAUUUAUCAGAAAAACAGCUGACAGCAUUAGAUUGCAUCAAAAACAGAUUUCUUUGCUCAAAAUACAAUAUUGAGCAAAUACAUUUAUUCUAAUUAAAAUACUGACAGCAUUAACUUAAUUAAAAUGCUAACAUAAUUUUGGAUUUGCCAGUAGAAUUACAGAAUGGAUUAUUCGAGGGGGAGGUUUAUGUAUUUAAUUUCAUAAAUAUACAUUCAUCAUAAUUUUUGUUGAAAUUAGCUUUCUGUGAAUAAAACCCUCUUCAAUAGUUGUGAAAAACAAGUAUCAUGACUGAAAACAAAAAAGCGUUUUACACUCCAUGAUAGUGGUUCUCAAAAUUUUUAAGAUGAGCCCCCUUUUUAGAAUUUUCUAGUUUUGCAACCCACCUUAAAAAUAAUUGUAGCUAAAAUAAGCUACGAAUAACAGAUAGUAAGGCGUAUAUAUGUUUUAUUCACAGCAUGUGUGGAUGGAACAUAUAUAUUCAAAAUAAGGCGGGCAAAUUCAAAUCUCACAUAUUUAUUCAAUUAAGCUUUAUACCCCCCUCAAAAAUUGUCAAAGACCGCCAAUUCCCCACCCCCAUCGUUUGAAAACCACUUCUCUAUUAUAUCAUGUUCCGGUGGAAUACUUAAAUUAUAUCGAUUAUGUAACAUUUCUUAAUUUAGUUUUAUAAUAUUUUUGUAAAAUCAUGUCCAAACAUCGGACCUGUGUCAGUAAUUUUUUUUCAUAUCUUUGUAUGCGAAUUUCGUUGACGAAUUAACUUAUGUGUGACGAGUUUUACUCGCUUACUUAUUUUUAUUAAUAAAUUUGUAAUUUCAUUUUAUAGUAUUUCUGUAAAAUCAUGUCCAAACAUCGGACCUGUGUCACUAAUUUUUUUCCAUAUCUUUGUAUGCGAAUUUUGUUAACGAAUUAACUUAUGUGUGACGAGUUCUACUCGCUUACUUAUUUUUAUUAAUAAAUUUGUAAUUUCAUUUUAUAGUAUUUCUGUAAAAUCAUGUCCAAACAUCGGACCUGUGUCACUAAUUUUUUUCCAUAUCUUUGUAUGCGAAUUUUGUUGACGAAUUAACUUAUGUGUGACGAGUUCUACUCGCUUACUUAUUUUUAUUAAUAAAUUUGUAAUUUCAUUUUAUAGUAUUUCUGUAAAAUCAUGUCCAAACAUCGGACCUGUGUCACUAAUUUUUUUCCAUAUCUUUGUAUGCGAAUUUUGUUGACGAAUUAACUUAUGUGUGACGAGUUCUACUCGCUUACUUAUUUUUAUUAAUAAAUUUGUAAUUUCAUUUUAUAGUAUUUCUGUAAAAUAAUGUCCAAACAUCGGACCUGUGUCAAUAUUUUUUCCAUCUCUUUGUAUGCGAAUUCCGUUGACAAGUUAAAUUGUUUGACGAGGUCUACUCGCUUACUUGAAUUUUUUAAUAAAUUUGCUUACUGUCCGUUUCGUUUUGGCAAUAAAAUGCUUAC